AUGAAACAAACAGCCAGAGAAGCUCUAGAGCUCACACCUAGCCGUACUGGCCGUCCGCGAUUAGACAAAUCUUCAAGAAUCCUUGCUCGCUUUUAUGAGCCGCUGUUUCUUCUACAAGCACUUGGUCAGACGAGAGGUGUACACACGCGCCGGGAGCGCGAUUCCAACGAUGUCACAGAAACGAGACGGAAGUUCUUGGAGAAUCUCUGUUUUGUGUGUGACUUUGCCCAGGGUGGAGAGUCUUGUACCGCUAUUGGACUGGAAGAGCGCGUUGACAAAUAUGUAUUCUGGCUCGCUUCGAAUGGGAAACAUCCAAACAUAGCAGAUUUUCUCAAGUCUGCGUUAAAGUUCUUGUGUCUUACUGCCAGCCACCUUGCCGAAUUGGAACCGGACGCCACGGAGCGUGAAUUCACUCAGAUUUGUGCAGAUUUUGCCAAAAUUCGCAUAAAUGAGCAAUGGAAGCGUAUGCUGCAACAGAUCCUUGGUCAGGAUGAUCCGAUCAAACUCUGUUACUUCGCAUACGACAAUCGACGGUCGACAAUGAUUGCCGAACUCAAAUCUCUUGCUUCAAGCGAAGAGCGAGGCCUGAGUUUAGACGGCCAAAGAUCGUCUUUUUACUUAGUUCAGCAUUACAUCGGAAGGCUAGCGCACCAUAUAAGAGCACCGAGAGAGCUUAUCCAAGACUCUCGUAAUAUCGAGCAUAUACUACAAACCUGCACGGUUGAGAUUGUUGAUCUUCCCGGCGUACAGAUACCUUUACGUGACACACAUACAAAUCUCAAGGGCAUCCUGAAUCGAAUGUUCAGGGAAGAUAAUGCCAACGAAAAAGAAGAGGUCGAGGAAGGUCUCAUAUACUUGGAUAAAGUCUCCGGAACCUUUAACAAAUUUGUGGGCUGUUACAAGCGGUCUGGCGUUGAUGCCGAUGUGCAUGCCGAGAUCAAAGUCUUGGAGCAUUUUCAUCGGUCAAAACUACGCUUUGCUGGAAACGACCGUUUCAUUGCUUGCAGUAAGCCGGCAUGCCUCUGUUGUGAAUUGUACUUCAAGCACCAUCCUGCUUACUUUGUGACUCCGUCGUCUCACAAAAAGGUCUGGCCGAAAUGGAGCCCCCCGAAAGUGAAAUACGGUCCCAUCCUGGAUGACUGGGCCAUACAGCAAAGGAAGAUCCUAAGCAAAAUUACUGAAGAUCUUCGCGAGCAGGUUAUCAAUCAUGUUUUGCAACGCUCGAGAAACAGCCACUGGCAUCCCGACUCCAGGACCGGUAUCACAGAUUUGCAGAGUAUGAAUCACCAAGCCUUUUCGAUGGAGUCAGACUAUUCAGAAUUAUCAGAGCUCGAGUCCGACUUUAACUCUUUGGACGGCUCAGAGAGUGAGAUGUGGUCAGAUUCUGAAGAUGGUGGUGUUUCUGUCUCCGUUUAG